AUGGAUGAACCACCAAAGAACCGGCCACCAAACACCUCGUUCAAACAACAGCGUCUGAAGGCAUGGCAGCCUAUCUUGACCGCAAAGUCGGUCCUUCCGACUUUCUUCAUCCUCGGCAUCCUGUUUGCACCUCUGGGAGGACUGCUCCUCUGGAGAAACGGCCAGAUCACAGAGAUGUCGUUCGAAUAUACAGACUGCGUGGAUGCCCUUACAUGGACACCAGCGUCUGAUGUGAACUUUGUGCACUCGUCCGUCGUCAACGUCACCAAACCAAGCUACAUGAUCAGCAACGGAAUCCAUAGUGUCGACGCUUCUCCAGAAAGCCCCGCCGGCACACCCCCCUUUACCUAUCCCGUCCAAACGUGCACAGUCAACAUUACCAUCCCCACCGACUUCCAGCCGCCAGUCAUGAUGUACUAUAAGCUGACGAACUUCUUCCAGAACCACCGCAAAUAUACCAAGAGUCUGGAUUACAAGCAGCUGAACGGAGCGCCCGCGAGUGUGGCCGAACUUAAUUCAAGGAAGGGCUGCAACAUUACAGGCGAAGUCCCUAUCUAUCCUUGUGGUUUGAUCGCCAACUCCAUGUUCAAUGACACUAUUUUUGGAUUGACUGCAGCGCCCACCACUACAGGAGCCGACUACAUCUUCCUGCCCGACAGAAUCGCCUCGCCUGCGGACAAAGGAAAGUAUGCAAACUAUGGAUACACUAAUCUCGAUGAGAUCCUCCCUCCACCCAACUGGCGCCCCCGUUUCCCUGACGGGAAGUACUCUGUCGCCUUUCCCCCGCCUUUGAUUUCGACGGAUGAGCAUUUCCAGGUCUGGAUGAGAACUGCUGGCUGGUCGACUUUCCUGAAGACCUAUGGUCGUGGCACUGAGGUCCUCCCCGCAGGAGAAUACCAGAUGAUGAUUGAUAUGAACUUCCCCAUUAAGACAUAUGGAGGAAAGAAGUACAUUGUGAUUUCGUCAAUUGGCGCCAUCGGAGGUCGCAACAGCUUUUUGGGCAUUGGAUACAUUGCCAUUGCGGUAAUCUGCGCUGGCCUGGGCGUUGUCUUUACCGCCUUUCAUAUUGCCAGACCUCGCAUUAUCGGCGACCACUCCAAGAUUUCGUUUGGAGGCGAGGCGACGGCUCACACGCGUGCGCCCAACCGAGCUGACGAUGUAGGCGGCAACCGUAUCCGAUCGCGCUACGAGGACGAAUAG